AAGUGCUCCAAGGGGAAGAGGCGGAGCGGGGGCGGUCCGAGCCCGCCUUUGGGAGGGACUCCUGUCCCUUGAGGAGGGGCCUUGCUCGCUCGCUUUCUCUCUCUCUCCCGCCCGGAAAAGAUGUUUUCCUCGUUCUUUGGGGGGUCCCCCUGGGUCUAGAAGGCAACGGGGCAGGGAGGUGAAGAGGGGGGCUCCGCUCCAGCAACCGGUGGGAUCUUCUCCACUUUGGCCAAAGGGCAUGAGAGCAGCAGCAGCAGCAACAACAACAAAGGCGCCAAGGGCUCAAUCCCAAUUGUGCAGCGCAGCAGCAGCAGCAGCAGCGGAGUCCUGCAUGCCGCGCCAAGACCGGCCUCGGAGCGAGGAAGGGAGGUAGUGGCUCCUAUCUUUCAAAGAGGCCUAUUCAGUGAAUAUUAUGAAGUGUUCAGGGCUUUCGGAGAGCCAGAAACUUGCCUUGGCACUGGAACAUGCCCUCACAAGAGAAGCAAAGAUUUGGAAGGUGCCAACUGUCCAUGAUUUCACAUUGAAGGGUACAGACAUCUCCCCAUUGUAUUAUGAGAAAGCAGUUUUGUGGAUCAAAGAGUUAAAUGCACUGUUUCAGUUUUCUUCUGAAACAUUUGCAUUGGCUGUCAGCUUGCUCAACCGAUUGCUGGCAACAGUGAAGGCACAGCUAAAAUACCUCAGAUGCAUUGCAAUAGCAUGCCUCAUUCUUGCAGCAAAAAUCAAUGAAGAAGAUGAGAUAAUACCAUCGGUAAAGAAGCUUGCAGUGCUGAGUGGUUGUAAGUGUUCUCCAGCUGAGAUAUUGAGAAUGGAAAGGAUUAUACUUGAUAAACUUCACUGGGAUCUUUACACAGCAACAUCAAUGGAUUUCUUAAACAUCGUUGAUAACACCCAAUUCAUCCACUGUAAAGAGCUUGUUGAUCAGCAGCUCCUGGGGUUUUGGUCACCCAAUGCCGUCUAUAUUUUCAACCCAGCAAACCAAAGCAUCCAAACUCACCUGGAUGGAAGGCUAGCCUGCUGUUCUUCCACAGUGAAAAAGGCAAGGCAAAGUUACUCACAAGGCCAGGGAGGCUGGUCUGGCCUUAGAGGCAAUGCUUAUGAAGAUGACACACAGACUGAUGAAUUUUUUGAUGGAUUCAGGUGCCUGUACAAUGAAGAUGGGAUGCCAGAAACUGGGCAGACCAGUAACAUGGAUGGCCUUGAGGGGCAAGAGGAAGGUAGUAACACUUGUCCACCACUACAGCCUGCCCCUCAGAUUGACUGGCCAAAGUCCGUGUAGUGACAAGGGAUCAGAUGGCCCAAAAAGCUAUCUCUUGUAUUUCAGCGGUUAGCAGAGCUAUUACUAAGAAGCACUGCCUAUUUUGCAACUUGCUAACACUCUGUUUUUUAAGAUACUUCUUGCAUGCCAUUAUGUAUGUUUUAUUUUGGUAUGUUUAUAUCAAUCUCUUGUUACAUCAGGGCAGAAGACACAGAUUAGAGCUAUACAGGGACAAAAACCUCAGGGAUCAACAUUCAAUAGAGUCAUAUGCUAGGGACAUGUAGAAAAUCAGGUGCUUCAUUAUCCCAGGGAAAGGGGGAAUCUUGCUAAGUUUCUCCUUUGAAUUGUUUUCAAUCUGAUAAUAAUUUUACUUUCCUGCAUAUAGGAAGCAACUGGGUAUUAUUAAUGAGCUGUUGAUAAGCUCUAGAGAUGAGUAGCAUUCAUUUCAAGUAACAAGCCAGCUGAGCUUAGCUGCAUAAGCUAAAAUCGUAGACCAGGUAUUUUAAUUGUGGGUUCAGACAUAUAAGACAUAGCAAUGAAAUGUGUCGAUCGCUUGGAGAAAGAUGUUGCUCAAAAUCAGAGAUGGGGAAUAUUGAGUCUUCCAGUUGUUUUCACAAAUUGGUGCUUAUCAACCCUAGCCUGCAUAACCAAUGGUGAUGGAUUAACCAGGACUGAAGUCUAAUAAUCUCUUAGGGCCACAAAUUUGCUGGCCUCAGCUGAAAAUAGUAAUUUAUCUGUGCCACAAAAGUAUCAAGAUUUAGUGAACAAUAUAACUCUUCUACCUGUACUCAUUGCCAAAAGUUAAAUACAUCAACCCUUUUCUUUACACGUCUGCAUGCAACAGCUACUGUUCUUCACUACCAGAUCUCAUUAACACAUCAGAAAUGUGUACUUUGACAAAAGAUGGAUUGCAGAAGGUGUUGUUUCAAGUAUUAUCUUUUAAAAAAUAGGGAAGUAAUUAUAAUGUUACAUUUAUCCAUUUGUUGAGCAGUGCCAAAUAGCCAUGUUUUCUCCCAGCAUUUAAACAAAUUCAUACAACCCUAUGUUAUGUACUGUGCUUGUCUACCCCAAGUUGACAGUUCAAAUUCAAGUGAUCUUAUGAUAAAACAAUCAUAUAAUCCCUGAUAGAUCGGGACACACACCGAGAGAAUCUCUUUAAAGUGCUGUUUUAUAGUGGGGUGCCAAACCCAAUGUGCUCCAUUAGAGCAUGUCUAAAUGUACUCUCUUGGAGGAAAGAAGCCAGGCACACAGCCAGUGGUUUAUGUGUCUCAGCUGUGAAUGAAGAACAAUCAAGAUCAUGCAUCAUUUCUCCAGCUGAGUACAUGACUGCUUGCCUACAGACCUGCUUUGAGGCAGGUGACAUAUGCUUGCUAAUGAGAUGAGCUUCACUAAAAAGGAAUGACUGUUAUCCAGCAGUAAAAACAAAAUAAUCACCAGUUUUAUCCACAGUACAGCUGCUGCAUAAGCGGAGUAGAGAUGAAACAUUUUCUGUAUGUGGCUAUUAAAAUGAGCUGUUAUUUGAGUACUGCCAAUAUUGUUUUCGGAAUUUGUCAGACUGCUGUUCCCACCAACCCCUAGACCACAUACCUGAAGGUUGAGAAGGCCUGCACACCCUCUCCAUUCCUGAUUUAUGCAGCUUCUUAAGUGUACAGAAUUCAGCAUCCCAGGUUUAAAAUAUAAAUAUAUAUUUUAAAAUGUUUCUACCCCUUUGGUCAUAUGCAAAAUGUUAUUUUGAACAACUAAGUAGGGCAUACAUAUUGCCUCCAGUAUUCCUUAAAAUCACUCUAUGAGUUAGGUAAGGCUGAGAUAAGGUUAUCAGUAAGGAUUGCCCAAGUCACCUUCUCCAGCCGAGGCAUCUUAAUGCAGGUUUCUCCACUGGAACUCUCAGAAGUCAAGAAGAUAGGGCUUAAUUAAAUAAAUGGUGCUCAAUGAGCAAAGGGAUGCUUGAUUCUCAUAAUUUAUCAAAAGCUCCUGAUAUGGCACUGUUGUUACUUGAGCAUAUUGUUUUGAUGUUUGCACAUACUCCUAAAUCUAUGAAGGAUCACAUAAUUUGCUAAACAGUUUAAAAUAUUUCCUUGAAGGAAACAAUUCUAGGUAAGUCUGCUUCAGGGUGAGAUAGAGCAAUAGUAACUUAGCUGUACGUGAGGUACUCACAGAAAUGUUACUCACAGAAAUGUUAGAUCAACUGAAUCAUGGGAUUUGUAGUUGGAUGAACAAUCUCCCUCCCAAAGCUCACUUGAUCUAAACAUCAGUAAAAUGAGUACACAGUAGGUUUCAGGCAAAUGCUGGCAUUAUCACAUAGAAAAAACAUUGGUAAAUAAAUGCAAUGAUACGGAUCCACUUUAGAUGUUUUCGGUAAAUCCUUAAAAGGCAAUUGUUUUUCCACUGUGCAGCUGGAAAUACAUUAAAAACAAAUGGCAUAAGAGUCAGAGAUGGCCCAAAACACUGAAUGGCCAAAAUCCUAUUAUUACUUCCCGAUUAUGAAUCCUCAAGAUUGACUUAUGUGCUGGUUCAACUGAAUCAACAGACCCACUUCAGCUGGGAUUAACCAAUAGGAUUACACCCAAAGCAGGAAAAUAAUACACCUCUGGGCACACCUGCACAAAAUGCUAAAAUGUAAUAUACAUAAUCUGCUAUCCAAAGAAUGGUAUCUAAAAUGAUUCCAUUUCCACAUUUUGGUCAUGCUUGGUAUCAAUAGGUAGGGACCUUUCAUAUAGCACAGUAGUCAUGGAAGCUUUAAACAUUCUUCAUACCAGGUUAUUGACUAGUUGGAUGCAGGUAGACUCCAAAUAUGUGAAAUGCAAAAUUGGUUUUGAUUUGCUAGAAGUCAGUUCUCUGCCUGAGAGACUAAGAACAUGUGCCUACUUACCUGACCUUUUUCUGUACACUUUUCCUGUGGUGACCACAUGCCUGGAGGAGGCACCUUUGAGGCAGGGUGAAACAGGCAUUGUAGCAGAGAAAGCCAUGGGGAAACAUCCUCUCCUGCUUCCAAAAGCGCAAACUGUGAAUGUUCUGCAUAGUGUUCAAGAGCCCAAAAGAGCACCUUGCUAGAACAGCAGCAUUUGAAUGCUGCUAAUAUAUAAUAAAUAAGCUAGGGACAUAGGUAUUAAAUUAAACAGCAUACUAUGCAGCCAAAUCUGUGUGAGUCCUCCAUAUGUGUGGAUGUCUCAUUAUUAAGGAAGAACUUGGAACAAAAAUGUUCUCACUCCUGCCUUUCAGCUAUAGGACCAAAAGCACUACUCUUUUUCUGUGAUCACAAUCUGUGACUUUUAUUCUUAAUGUUCGCAAAUCUGUGUUCUUGACUUGUUUUUUUUAAACGUCAACUUUUCACCUCCCCGUUUUGAUAUUAAUAAAAACAAAAUUGCAAUCUUA